GAAAACACCCGGAAGUGUAACGUGCAGCAGCAGCAGUGGCAGCAGCAGGAUAUUUCUCUCUCUCACACACACAGGAGCUUUUUUAGUGCUUAGUUACACAUCUGGCCACCAGUUCAACUUCGUCCACCCGCCGUCAUGUCCGUGUUGUGUUAUAAUAAAGGCUGUGGACAACGAUUUGAUCCAGAAAACAACCCGGACGAUGGCUGCACCUAUCAUCCAGGAGUCCCAGUGUUCCACGAUGCUUUGAAGGGAUGGUCCUGCUGCAAGAGAAGAACCACUGACUUCUCCGACUUCCUCAGCAUUGUUGGCUGCACGAAAGGUCCCCACAACAAGGAGAAGCCGCCUGAGCCGGUGAAACCAGAUGUGACAGCGUCGGGAGACGCGGAUGACCAAAAACCAAAGUUUAACGAGUACAUCAUCUCCGCACCAAUGCCUCAGGAGGCGAUACGCAGACCAAGUGCUGAUGAGCCGAUGGUGAGAUUGCAGCAUAAAGUCUCUACCUCUCUGAAGCAGGCUCUGGAGAGGCUGAAGCUUACGGAAAACGUGGCUGAGAAGAAAGAGGAAGAUAACGACGAGAUCAAGAUUGGAACAUCCUGUAAGAAUGGAGGAUGUACUAAAAGUUUUGAUGGACCUGCAAGCGAUUCGGAUGUGUGCUUAUACCAUGCUGGAUUUCCUAUCUUCCAUGAAGGGAUGAAAUACUGGACCUGCUGUAAGAGGAAAACCUCCGACUUUAACACCUUCCUCUCUCAAGAGGGCUGCACCAGGGGAACACAUCUAUGGAGGAAAAAAGAUGCGGGUAAGAAAGUGGUUCCAUGUCGGUUUGACUGGCACCAGACGGGGGCGCAGGUCAUCAUCUCUAUCUACGCCAAGAAUGCCGUCCCGGAGCUCUGCUAUGUGGAUGCAAACAGCACCACGGUCGACAUCCAUGUUAUAUUUGAGGGAGAGAAGGAGUUUGUGCAGAAAAUCAGCUUGUGGGGAGUGAUAGACGUGAGUAAAAGCAUGAUGAACAUGCUGGCCGCCAAGAUCGAGAUAGCCAUGAAGAAGUCUGAGCCCAUGUCGUGGGCUCGUCUGGACCUUCCUCCCCCGCCCCCGCCCAAGGAGGAGAAGGAGAAGGAAGAAGAGGAGACCGAUAGCGAGGAUGAAGAUGAAUGAUGAGCAAUUAAAAUACAAACCUAGAGUGUAUUUUUAGUCCAAGGCCACACAUGCCGUUCCUUACCUCUUUAAAGAGUCGCCUCUUUUGCUGUCAUGGAACUUUGGCCUCUUCAACAUUACAGUGUUUCCCCCCUUUCAUUCUUAGUUGUACUUGAUUUUGCUCGUUUUUCUCGGGUUUGUGGUCCUUUUAUUGGUCAUGGUUGAAUGCUCGAGACUCUGCAAGUACUUUUUUUACAACAGUUUUUUCACUCAAGUACUGAAUGAUAACAGGGGGAACACUGACUUUCAGCAGAUUUUCAAUCAAAUCGGACGAUGACACACUUAAUUGCACUGAAAUCCCCCUUGAAAACGACACCACACAAAUAUGAUCGGAGUCUCGUGUGACCACGCUUAUAAAGCCUUUCACGUGGACUGCUCACAUCCAGUCAUCGUAAUGGACCACAGUUGUGACCAUCCUCUAUUUCCACCAUGUUUGGUUAAAAGAUUCAUUCCAUCCUUUAGUUUCAAAAUUUGUUUAAAUUAUUGCGUUGUUUUGUCCACCGUUAUCACAUCAGACUGUAUGUUGCCUUCAUAUAAAUAUAUAUAUAUAUAUAUAUAUUCCAUGUAUGUGCGACAAUGAAGCUGCUCUAUGUAGUUUGAGUAGGAAAUUUGAAUCUCUAAGACACUUGUAUAAUAUGGAGUUUAUUCUGAAUAAAUUGUGUAAAAAGAAAUGCAACAGUUCCUUGGGACUCUUAAACUCAGAAAUUAAGAUGCGCUCUGACUACCCCACCUUUUUUGUAGUUCAAAUUGCUCCAAUUAUACCCAAUGUAUAUUUUGUACAAGUUUUGCUUCUAAAUGGUCAAUGCUGUAUUUAUCUCCUCAUUUCUUGUCAAAGCAACCAAGCGCAGUUUUAAUAAUGAGAAUGUACUGUAAUGUCUGAGAAUGCCACUUGAAUACCAAGUAUUUUUCAGCAAAGUACUGUAUUGUAAAAAUGCUACGCUAAUACGACAUGUCUCAAGGCUUAGAAUGUAUUAAUACGAUUUGGAUGAAUGACACCAUUGUCGCAACGGUAAAAAGAUUAAGGAACCAAUUUCUCUUACCAAAAAUAAACUUUUGUUUUGAACUUUUAAAACUGGGGGUGAUCUUGUGUUGUGACCUCGUAAAACGAAACACUCCUCUUGAAUUAAUUUAGGUGUGACCUUUCAAGUGGACAUUUUGAUCCACGUACAACUUUGGGAAUUGCAGUGACUUUUACAAAAUGUCAUAAAGUUUAAGGUUAGAAUAUUGAGCUGUGGAGAUGUCUCAGACCUUGACAUCUAUGCAGACAUCACACCGCAAACAGGAAUCAAUUUAAAUGUUAAUUAAAAUGUGGCUCAGUUGACUCCCACACAAAGAUAAUAAAAGAAAGUCCCCCAAGGCUUUUGUAAAU